AUGGUAUCAGAGCAGUUCAUUCCUAUAGAGCAUGAGGGAUGGACUGAUUAUGCUUCUGGGCAUACUUUGGGUGUGUGGACCAAAUGUCGUCUUGUGGAUCCGAACGAGGUAUGCGGAGAGGAAAUCCCGUGGUUGAACCAAAGCAAGGACGUCGAGGUGGAAACUCUAGUGCUAUUACGAGUGGAGUUAACGGAUGUCCCUUGGAAAAGAUUCAAGACAGAGUUUUACGGGAGAUACUUCUUGCAUGCGUUUCGCAUUGCAAAGGAAUUGGAAUUAAUGCAGCUGAAGCAAAAGGAUAUGUCUAUUGCCGACUAUACCCGUGAAUUCGACAACCUGUGCCGUUUCUCAAAAACUUGUCAAGGAAAUCCAGCCGAUUAUGAGGAAUGGAAGUGUGCUCAGUAUGAGAAAGGACUAAGGAGAGAUAUCUUUAAUUACGUAUAUCCACAAAAGCUAACAAAUUUCACGGAGUUAGUUAAGAAGAUCCAGCUCGCAGAGGAUUGCUCCAUGAAGUGGACACUGCUACAGGAAGGCUUUGGUGAGACCACUCCAGAGGAGCCGCACAGGGCUGGACUGAGAAUGUGCUUUCGAUAUAGAGCACCAGGACACAUGUCUAGGGAUUGUCCGUGA